AUGACGUAUAAGGAUAGUAAAUAUAAUGCAUAUUUGACAACAACAAUGUAUGAUAAAGAUUAUAAACAGAUACUAGACCAACAACAUCAUCAUAAUAAUCACCAUCAGCAGCAGCAGCAACAACAACACCAGCUAGAACAACAAAAACAAGAACUGCUACAGUUGGGCCCACAACAACAAUUUCAGCUGCAAAAUGGACAAAAUAGUGGGCCACAAGGAAAUUUGUACCAAAAUUCCUCUCAAAAUGGUUCUACACCAACACCGAAUGCACAACAUUAUAGGCAUUUAAGUGUGGCAAGGUGUACACAAACUCAAGAUGAUAAUCAGAGUGUUACAUCAAAUAGCACUGAGCCUCAACAAAGUCCCAGUUCCAUGCAACUACAAAUCAAAGAAGAGCAGCAACAACCGUUUCAAGGACAACAAUACCCCGUGAAAAUAGAAGACAACCCGUGUUUUGCGUGUAGCACAGACAACUUAAUGAAAAUAGACGACACAAAUAUGGAAAACAACAACGGUAUUAGUUUUCAAGAAGAGUUUGAUUUCACACUUAAUCCCGCGUUCCCGCAAUACAUGAUCAAUGGAAGAGCCAAGGCUUUGAGUUUACCGUCGUCAACAUCUAUUUCCAAUGAAUAUCAACAAAACAACUUCAGCUGCAGAGAGUUGCCUAGUAAUACGGAGUAUUUGGGAGAUGAAGUUGUACCAUUCACCACGGCAGCAGAUGCAGCAACAGCAAUAAACUACACCCAAUUGGAGAAUGAGUUACCUAUACACGGUAAUGAUAUUGAUGGUAAUCAGUUCCAACAACAAAGCUUCAUGGGUAAUGGAACUAUGAUGUUUAAAUCCAAUGACAUGGUUCCCAAUGGAUAUGACCCCACCAUGAAUAAUGGUAUCAUGGGGCCACAGCAACAACAACAGUCAUCUCAACAUGUAUCAUCUUCAACUCCAUUGGGAUCGCCAUUAACUGUACAAAAUACCCCUCCCACCAGUGGAGUAUCCAAACCAAUACGUGGAAACUUAAUGCCUGGGAUUGAUGCAAAAAUGACAAGUGUCAACACUUCAAGCCAGCAUGGUGAUCUUUCAAGUAAUGGAAGCUUGGAUGAAGAGUCCAACAAUAGUUUCCGAGCCCAAUCACCAACUGUUAAUGCUACUGGUUUCAGUAUGUCCUCCUCAGCUACAUCAUCAGCUUCAGCACUCUCCAUCCCACCAAAUGGAAUUGCAACAAUGACAAAAACAAGAUUACAAAAUUUUGGUCCUGUUAGUAAGUCACCAUCAUUAUCACCAUUAACUGAUGAAUUGAGGCAAUUACCUACUACUCCAUCUGCAUCACCACCACCUUCCUCAAGAGUGCCCCUGGUCAAUAAACAAAAGAGAAGAGAAUUUCCAGCGAAUAAUGGUAACAACAUCAAACAAGACGUUAAUUCAACCACUACAGACUCAGUAACUUCAUUCAAUUCAUCACAAGCUGCACCUCCACUCAAUCCAGGUGUAUCUUCAUUAUCAUCAUCAUUCGCCACUACCACACUUCCUGUCUCAAGCGCAAGUCUCUUGCGAAGAAGUCAUACUGGUCGCCCAAGAGUCAAAUCAGCCCAUAAUGUAAUUGAACAACGAUACCGUAAUAAAAUCAACAAUAAAUUCAAUGCAUUACAAGAAUCAGUGCCCACUUUAAAAGUAUUGCUAUUACGCAAACUACAAGAAAAACAACGAUUACGUAUUCAAAGACAAAAUGGCGACCUUGAUGAUUCAAAUUACGCAGGAGGAGGUACGGGUGGUGACGAAAGUUUAUCAGAUAAUGAAGAUUUGAACAAUUUUGAAGGUAUUGAUUUACUGAUUCUUGACGAUAAAGAAAUUGAAAGUAUUGAUUUGGAGGGGUUAGAACCAGCAAGAAAAUUAAACAAGGGGACAAUAUUAGCUAAAUCUAUUGAAUAUAUCAAGUUCCUAGAGUCAAAAAAUGAUAAGUUGAAACAAGAUCACGAAUCUUUGUUGAAUAAAGCCAAGACGAUGGGGAUUAAUAUUGAAAAAGAAGGAGAUUCAAAUAUGGGAUAG